AAAUAAAUAUUGCCCAUGAUGAUCAGCCACUCGGAUUCUUCGAGGAAAACGUGAUGUGCAUCGCUAAUGAUCCGGUUCGGUGGGUUUUGAUUCCAUAGAAGUAACAUCUCCGAAAUACUAGGGAAGAUUUUAUAAGUGCACAACUUAUAUUCUCUAUUUAAUUACCUUUUGACGCUUGCACAUCAAAACGAUAAUAAAUCAAUGCCUUGAGAAAACCGGAAUCAGAAAAAAAUUUUGUGAUGUAAGAUUGAAACUUUCUGCAAAUAUUAUAUUUCAAGAACAAAACUUUUAGCUGUUUACUCAUUUAAAAAAAUUACUUAUAUGUUUAAAUUGUUAUUUAAUCAAACGAGGAUGACUGAAUUCUGAGAAAAAACAUUGACAAAAAAAGGUUAAAAUAAAAGAUUUGUUGCAAUUGGCUUUUAAAAUAAGCUACCUAUUAUUGCACAUAUUUUGAACUAUUCGGAAUAAAAACCAUGAAAAAUCCUAAAUAUAACUUCCUUGAGAAAAAAAGCAUAGUUUGAGUAAAAGCAUUUUCUAGCCGAGAUUUUUAUUAGUUUUUUUUAUUCACCUGCAAUUGAGGGUUUUGAAGUAUUGGAAAUAGUCGAAAAUGGCGUGCGGGUGCGUUGUUUAAUUACUGGAUCAGCGGGUUUUAAUUGCCACCAGUCCAGCCCAUAAAGUAGCCUAUAAAGGUGCCUCCCUUGUUGGCUAUUCGACGUAUUUUGUACGCGCCACCAUGAAGCACUGGAAACGACGUUCAUCCGCCGUAUUGGCCAUCGUCCUGCAGAUUCUGCUACUGCCCGAAACUGGAAAGGCCAUGACAAUGGACCUCCGGAGUGGCUGUGCACCCAAGUUUAAACUGGAUAUGGAAGAUCUGAAUCGAUUACGCGUGGGCGAUUUUAAUAUGCAGCCUUCGCAGGAUUUGAUGUGCUAUACAAAGUGUGUGUCCCUGAUGGCCGGGACGGUUAAUAAAAAGGGAGAAUUCAAUGCCGCCAAGGCCAUUGCUCAGCUUCCCCAUCUGGUUCCCACGGAGAUGAUGGAGAUGUGCAGGAGGUCCAUUGAGGCUUGCAGGGAUACGCACAAAGGAUUCAAGGAAUCGUGCGAGAGGGUCUUUCAAACAGCCAAGUGCCUGGCCGAUAAUGGCGAAGGAAAGUUCAUGUGGCCUUAGCGACAAUUUUAGAAUGGAUCCUUGAAAUCCUUUUCUUCCCAUAAAUCGGUGGAUUGAAUUUUUCACAAAAAUUAUAAUCCAAAAUUGUUGUUCUGAAAAUUUGUAGUUAAUUUACUAAAGUAUAACUAAAACAAAAAUUAUUCUUGAAUAAAUAU